AUUAGAACGAGUAACUGUUCAAAUCGAUGGAUCAGCUGAAGGUUUUGCAGUUUUCCAUUGUACUCCUUGUCAAGUUAUUAAAUGUAAUGAUACGGGUACAACUUAUACAUUAGUUAAAUUACCUGAUGAUUCAUCAGUUGUAACUGGUACAUUAGCAUGUAUAAUGAAAUAUACAGUUAAAGAUUGUGAUCCAACGACGGGUGUACCAGAUGAUGAAGAAGGUUAUGCUGAUGAAUUUGUGCUUGAAGAUAUUGAAAUAACAGUUAGUGAUCAUGUACAAAAAGUACUUAAACCAAAUUGGUAUUAUAAAAUUAUUAUAUUUUAUUUUUCAUUUCAUCUUAUGUUUAUUAUAGAAUGUCUGAAGAAAAUAAUAAAUUAUAUGGGAAUGCAAGCUUGUGAACGAUCAGACAAAAUUCUAGAAGGCAAAGCAUCACAUGCACUUUAUUUAGCGGGUGUCUAUCGUGGUGGAUAUGAUGUACUUGUUCGAACAAAAAUGGCAUUAGGUGGUACAACAGUAUAA